AUGUUAGUUGUUGCAUUUGAUCACUUUACUGCUUGUUUGGCUAACAUUGCCACUGAUGAAGCUGCUCUUCUUGCCUUCAAAUCUCACAUUUCUUCUUCUUCUUCUGAUCCCAACAACAACAACGUAGUCGGCUUGCAAACCAACUGGUCUUCUUCAAUUCCAUCAUCAGUUUGCACCUGGAUAGGGAUCACUUGCAACGGGCGCCACAGAGUCACUGCUUUAGACAUAUCUAGCAUGCAACUUCAUGGUACCAUUCCUCCGCACCUUGGAAACCUCUCAUUUCUCAUAUCCCUUGACAUUAGUAACAACACUUUCCAUGGAGAUCUCCCAGAAGAGUUGACUCAUUUGCGGAGGUUGAAAUUGAUUGAUGUUACAAGAAACAAUUUAAGUGGUACCAUUCCAUCAUUCUUAAGUUUGUUACCUAACCUUCGAUUCGUUUACCUUUCAAACAACCAAUAUUCAGGGGAAAUUCCAUCUUCCCUUUCCAAUCUAACAAAUCUUCAAGAGUUAAGAAUACAGAGGAAUUUUCUUCAAGGAAAAAUCCCUCCUGAAAUUGGCAAUCUUCAUUACUUGACUUUUUUAGACCUGCAAGGUAAUAGACUUACUGGCUCUAUUCCGCCAUCAAUCUUCAACAUGACUUCCUUGACAACACUUGCUAUAAUACACAAUCGUCUUGUCGGUAAACUUCCUCUAGAUAUUUGUGACAAUCUACCAAAUCUUGAAGUUCUUUUACUGUCAACAAACAACCUGGAUGGCCUAAUCCCACCAAAUUUACAGAAAUGCUCAAAGCUACAACUGUUGACAUUGUCUGGCAAUGAGUUCACUGGACCUAUACCAAGAGAACUUGGGAACUUAACUAUGCUCACAGUCUUGCAUCUUGGAGAAAACCAUUUAGAAGGAGAGUUACCGGUCGAGAUAGGUAACCUACAAAACCUCCAAGUACUUGGGUUAAGAAAUAAUAAGUUAAAUGGUACUAUUCCUGCAGAAGUUUUCAACAUUUCAGCAUUGCAGAUAUUGACAAUGUAUGGAAAUCAGUUAUCAGGUAGUUUACCUUCAGAUUUAGGCAUUGGAACGCCUAGUCUUGAAGAAGUUUACCUUGGAUCAAAUGAACUCAGUGGACGAAUUGCUCCUACCAUCUCGAAUUCUUCAAAGCUAACACUUCUAGACCUUGCACACAACAAGUUUACAGGUCCAAUUCCUGAUUCACUUGGUUCAUUAGAGUUUCUUGCUAAGUCCUAUUCUUGGGAGGUAACAAUUUCAUUAAUGAGCCAUCUUCUUCUGAGUUAA